AUGUCCCACGCAUAUGAUUCUGAUGAUGGCGGCCGCUCUCCUGGUCUGGAGCCUUCAAAACCCGACUAUGGACUUGUUGAUGAGCAGCCGCCUCCGUUCGUCAGGAAUGAUAAGGGAACGUCGCCAGACAGUUCCCGUAAGAACCAGCCGAAUCACUUUGAACCCGGUUUUAGCCAUGGCAGUGCCGUGCUGAUAGGUCAAUUAGACGGAAAUCGACCCGAUAUUAGAGACUAUGAGAUCCAUAACCCAUUCAAACGGGAGAUCACGCCAGAGGAGGGGUUCAAUCCGCAGAAGAUUAUUGCUAAGAAUGCAUUGCAAUUGUUGCAAAAUGAACCGCCAGCGCCCAAGGAAAUUGCACCCAAGUAUGAUUUCCACCAGCAAGACAAUCAAAUCCGAGACAUCAAAAGUGAGCAAGGAAUACCUCCACAACUUCCGCCGCCAGUACCAUCAAUAGUCGGCCCUACAAGAACACCACUCGAACUGAAAGCCUACUCCAUGUUACAACCUUCGGAGGCUCCGAGACACGAUUUACUUCCCGCUAUUCAUCAACCACCUUCAGCGCUUCCGAAGUCACCGGAGAAUCAACCAAGCCUACCGCCUCUGCAAUCCGCUUUGGGUGAACUCCCGAGUGUCCCAGCAAAGGAACCUCGGGUCAAUGCCAGUGGUGCACCUUCUUACUCGCUUCAUCCGGUCACAAAUGGCCCGCCUCCACGGGUAGAUGUGUCGCGUGAACAUCAGCUUCCGGGGCCUCCUCAAGUUCCUCUUAGUCCUUAUUCACAUUGGUCGCCCGCAAGCUCCAAAGAUAUAUCGACAGUACCUUCGCCUGUGUCGCAUCCACCCUGCCCAAGGCCUCCUCCGCACAAGUCCAACAUACAUUAUGUGACUUCACCUUAUGAUGUACCAACACACUCUGCGAAGAGCCCAGUAACAUGUUACCCAACGCCCACAGACCCACCUACUGUUGGGUCAUAUGACAGGCCGUACAGUGAUGCGAAUACGCCUUUGAAUGGGGUCGCUACUGGCAGUUUUAAGUGUCACCAUCCUGGAUGCAACGCCCUUCCUUUUCAAACUCAGUAUCUGCUGAAUUCUCAUGCGAACGUACAUUCGCAAGACCGUCCCCACUAUUGCCCAGUUGAGGGAUGUGUCAGGGGCCCUGGUGGUAAAGGGUUCAAACGCAAGAAUGAAAUGAUUCGGCACGGGCUAGUGCAUAACUCCCCUGGGUAUAUAUGCCCAUUCUGUCCGGAUCAGCAGCGCAAGUAUCCACGACCUGAUAAUCUCCAAAGACACGUCCGAGUUCACCAUGUUGAUAAGGACAAAGAUGACUCCGAAUUAAGACGGGUCUUAAUGCAACGACCCGAAGGCAGCGGCCGAGGACGUCGUCGUCGGGCAAAUAAUUAA